CAUACUACCAAAAAAAUGGUUUUGGGAGUUAUGGGACAGUUUUACUGCAGUGGAUUUCUGUGUCCAAAAUAUUGCAUUUGUGUAGUAAAAUGCAGUGUAGUGUAAUGCAGUUUUCCUUGUAUAACAUGUUGCAUUUCUUGCAUAUGAACUGCAGUUUUGAUACUUAUGUGGGUGGGUGGGGGUUCUAUUCAUGCUGAGAUAGUGUAGGGGCGGUAUAAUUACAGAGGGAGCCUUGUACUGUAGGACUGAGAGGGUGGGUUUCAUUCACUCAUCCCAUUCUCAGACCUCCUCCUUUUCUAAAUAUAUAGCUAGUUAACCGUUAACCUCUCCAGGCUACUAAACAUGCUUAUUUGUGUGUUAAAUGGAGUUAAAUCCAUAUUUGCUUAAUUGGGUUAUUUAAUGGAGCAAUAGAAAAUAUAUUAACAUCCUAUAGGCUUUACAGGCAGCUCUUGCUCUUGCAUUCCCCUUUCCCACCGACCCCCCUCGGAUACCAACUGAGAGCCAAACUCGUGAGUCAUGAUCCAAGUUAAACGUUCACAGUCAGCCCUCAGAAUAGCCUUUUCAUAACAAUGGGGACUAUCUGACACAGCAAGUACAACUAGAUGAACUGCACAAGACAAAGAGGGCCCUCUGGGCUAACCCUAUCACAUGGUUAUUCCGAAGGCAAAUGCAGGCUGAAGUUACAGGACACCUCGCUAUAGGCUACAUUUUCGUGCGCUAGACGUAUAUGUAGCCUAUGAUAUCAUAGACAUUUGAUUAAUUUAUUUAAAGGAGCAAUUUCAAAAAAACAAAUAAUGUCAGUGACUAGACAAAGGCCUAUGCCCUAUUUUAACACUCAUGUCAUGUUAUAAAAAUGCAUGAUACAUCUGUUGGUAGCCAUAACUCAAAACACGAUGCAAAUAUGCAACGUUACUAAAGUCACGUGGAAAUAGACCGUGUUUUGGAUAUCCAAUCAAAGGGGGCACGAUGAAGGUUGGAGCAGCAUCUCGAUUUUAAUUGGAUAAGACGCAAAGCCUCAGGUUUGGUCGGAGAAUCAUACGUUGACAUAAUGUACGAGCAUGAUGCCUAUACGUUGUCGUGAAUGGCGUAAAGGGACGUAGCAAGGCUUUGAAUUGUAUAUUACCGUUAUGCAAUGUAGUGACUUUAUACGGGACUUUUGCUGAAUACCUUUGCUUUUUUGUAUCACCCCCAGACGUUUACAAGACAGUGGUGAAAUCAGUCAAAUGAAACAAUGUAACGUUAGCAUCGCGGCUAAAUUCAUUAAUAGCAUCUGUCGACAACUGUAGCGCCCUACAACAACAUAGUUAAUCAUGGAUUUCGUUUUGAGUGGGAUGGCUGCUUGUGGGGCUUGUUUAUUUACAAACCCACUCGAGGUAGUGAAGACGCGGAUGCAACUUCAAGGAGAGCUGAAGAGCCGGGGAACGUACCAGGUCUACUAUCGAAAUGUGUUUCAUGCCUUCUACACAAUUGGCAAAGUCGAUGGACUUGCGGGAUUACAAAAAGGCUUGGUACCAGGACUCAUUUAUCAGUUCUUUAUGAAUGGGGUGCGUCUCGGUUCAUAUGCCAUCAUCGAAUCCGCCGGUUACAUUCAAACUGACGGCAAGGUCAGCGCGGUGAAGAGCAUAUUGGCAGGGGCUAUUGCUGGGGUCGUCGGUGCCUACAUGGGCAGCCCGAUUUACCUGGUCAAGACACAUCUACAGAGCCAGGCAACGUCCUCCAUUGCCGUUGGGCAUCAGCACAGACAUAGGGGGAUGCUUCAUGCACUGGCGGCCAUCCACAAAAAGCAUGGCAUGAUGGGAUUGUGGAGGGGUUCCAGUGCUGCUAUUCCAAGGGUCAGCGUGGGUUCAGCUGCCCAACUCUCCACUUUCUCCUCCUCCAAGGAGCUUGUAACAGAUCUACAGCUGUUUCCAGAAGGCAGCUGGCUGAUAGGCUUAACCGCUGGAAUGGUCAGUAGUGUGGCGGUGGUGAUGGCCAUGACUCCAUUUGAUGUGGUCAGCACACGACUCUACAACCAGCCAGUGGACCACCUCGGCAAGGGCGAACUUUACCGGGGCUUCAGCGACUGCUUCUCCAAAACACUGAAGAAGGAGGGAGUUACAGGCCUCUACAAGGGCCUGGGCGCUUCAUACUUCCGCCUCGGUCCACACACCAUCCUUUCUUUGGUCUUCUGGAAUGAGCUGCGAAAGGUUUACCAGAAACACAGUUAGUACCUUAAGGGGAAAUGUGUGAGUGUGUAUGGGAGUGAGCGAGCAAGCAAGUGAGGGAGGAAGGGAGAGUGUAGAGAUCACUCCUGAUAGGACAAAACUACUCACACACAAAGCUCUCAGGUAAACAGAUGUCUCAUUUGCAAUGGAUGCAAUGCUAGUUACUUAAAAGAGGAGGCCAGUGUAUACAGUAUGCCACAGGAGAAUGGAAGUAUGUGGUAUGAGGAGUGUUUUUUUAAAUAGACCUUCUGAUAUGCAAAGGGACAGCAUGUCCUUUAGGCAUACAACAAGGCCAUAAUGCAUAUAUAGCAAGUUACAUCUUCUCAGAUUACUAACGGGAAAUAAUGAAUAAUUUUGCUUAAAAUGUUUAAGCACCUAUAGAAUGUGUACGUUAAAUAUGCUAUCUUGCAAUGGGAUGCCAAAUAGUUUCACAAGUUUUAGUUUUUAAAAUGUAUUAUAUUUUAAAGGUAUAAAUAUUUUCAAAUUCCAUGAUGUAACUGGAACAGUAAGCAAAUAACAUUUCUGAAUACAGUAGAGGCAAAGGAAAGAGGAAGGGGUGUGAUGUAAUGUCUUUAUGAACAAACUGUUACUCAAUAUUACUGACUUAUGACUCUGGUUAGACAUUCCACAGUCAUUUUUACAAAGAUUGGUGAUGGGACUCAAGAUUAGAAAACCAGUGCGAAGGUAUGCCCUUUCGGAAGCUAGUAGUGCAACCAAAACAUAUGGGAGGAUUGCUCACAUAAUGGUCGUGGUUCUUCUCAUACUGGCAUUCGUUUGGUUUUGGUGUGAUGCAGUACAGGGGCCCGCUUCAUACUCAUUCCCAACUUAAAUGAAAGACAAACUGGUCUUACAUUGGUAAGACUGAGAAACAAUAGUCAAUGUUGACAGUAUAGUGUUGUUUCUAAUGACACUUGCUUUGUCCUUGUACUUAAGAGAUCAUUUGCAUGUCAGUGGUUUGAAGAUGACCAGUGGAUUGUGCUGAAAGAAAACAUAAACCCUUUGCCUUACUUUAGAAUAACUUUUGAUACAGAGUAUAGCGCUUUUUUGUGAUGCUUGAUAUAGGAAAUGUACUGAUACAGAUAUUGUAAAUCUGCAAAUACAGCAGAUAUAUUGGCAUUAAUUGAACUGGUAUUUGAAACUGACCGAAAUGAAUCAACAAUAAAUUGUGUUAAAAUAAAA